GCGCGUGGAGCCGCAGGAGGUGGAACUGUCCAGUGCUGAUGCUCUUCCAACGAUCGACUUCAGCUACUAACAGCCACCGCCAACGACAACAAAACUGUUGUUAAGUGAUUAUAUGAUAUGUUACACGGUGUUUUAAAACGGUGUCCAGGAGUUUUAUCUGAGAUUGUUUUCAGUUUCAACGCUUCUUUCGCCCAGCCAAUAGGAAGGGACCGUACGGGCUGAACGGCUGGCAAGCAUCGAGACAUUUUGAUUGUUUGAUUGAUGCAUUCCUCUGCAGACUGCUGGGUGGAUGACUAGAUCUGCUGACCGGAGAGAAAGUUUCGUUAGAUAAAAUCGGUAUCAUACACGAUGGUGGAUGCAGCUGAAUGUUGUGUGAAGGUGAUGUGCCGAUUCAGGCCACUUAACGAAUCGGAAAUCACCAGAGGUGACAAAUACAUACCGAAAUUCAAAGGAGAAGACACUGUGGUGAUAUCGGGCAAGCCUUAUAUCUUUGACCGAGUCCUUCCUCCGAACACGUCACAGGAACAAGUAUAUGAUGCCUGUGCCAAACAGAUUGUUAAAGAUGUGCUGGAUGGCUAUAAUGGGACUAUCUUUGCUUAUGGCCAAACCGCAUCUGGGAAGACUCACACUAUGGAGGGACAGCUCCACAACCCCCAGCUGAUGGGCAUCAUCCCUCGCAUUUCCCAGGACAUCUUUGACCACAUCUACUCUAUGGAUGAGAACCUGGAGUUCCAUAUCAAGGUGUCUUAUUUUGAAAUCUACCUGGACAAAAUCAGAGACUUGCUUGAUGUUUCCAAAACCAACCUGGCUGUACAUGAGGAUAAGAACAGGGUGCCCUUUGUCAAGGGUUGCACAGAGCGUUUUGUGUCCAGUCCAGAGGAUGUCAUGGAUGUGAUCGACGAGGGUAAAUCCAAUCGUCAUGUGGCUGUCACAAACAUGAAUGAGCACAGCUCCCGCAGUCACAGCAUUUUCCUCAUCAAUAUUAAGCAGGAGAAUGUGGAGACAGAGAAGAAAUUGUGUGGAAAACUCUACCUGGUGGAUCUAGCAGGAAGUGAAAAGGUCAGUAAAACUGGAGCAGAAGGAUCUGUGUUGGACGAGGCUAAAAAUAUCAAUAAUCUCUCUGCUCUGGGGAACGUCAUCUCAGCCCUGGCCGAAGGAACCAAAACCCAUGUGCCCUACAGAGAUAGUAAAAUGACCAGGAUCCUUCAGGACUCUUUGGGUGGGAACUGCAGAACAACCAUCGUCAUCUGUUGCUCUCCCUCUGUAUUUAAUGAGGCUGAGACCAAAUCCACUCUCAUGUUCGGCCAGAGGGCUAAAACCAUCAAAAACACUGUUUCUGUUAACAUGGAGCUCACAGCUGAGGAAUGGAAGAAGAAAUAUGAGAAAGAGAAAGAGAAGACCAGAGGUCUGAAAAUCAUCAUCCAGCGGCUAGAAAAUGAGCUCAAGCGAUGGCGAAAAGGUGAGAAUGUACCUGUUAAUGAACAGCACAACAGUAAAGAAUCAAAGAAUUCUGAAGCCGCUCCCGUAAUUGACACUCCGGCUCCGCCUCCUGAGCCUCUUCCUGAUUCAGAGAAAACCCGAUAUGAGGAGCUGAUCAAUGACCUAUAUCAGCAGCUAGACGACAAGGAUGAUGAGAUCAACCAGCACAGUCAGCUGGCAGAGAACCUAAAGCAGCAGAUGGUGGAUCAGGAUGAGUUAAUGGCAUCCACACGGCGUGACUAUGAGAAGAUCCAGGAAGAUCUGAGCCGUUUGCAGCAUGAGAACGAGGCAGCAAAAGGCGAGGUGAAGGAGGUGCUCCAGGCCUUAGAGGAGCUAGCGGUGAAUUACGACCAGAAAAGCCAUGAGGUGGAGGAGAGAGGCAAGACAAACCAACAGAUCUCAGAGGAGCUUGUGCAAAAGAGCGCCGCUCUGACUGGUGUGGAGAGGGAUCUGUCUGCCCUGCAGGAACUCAGUGGACAUCACAAGAAGAGAUCAGCAGAGAUCCUCAGUCUACUGCUCCGGGACCUCAAUGAGAUUGGCAGUGUUAUUGCCUUGAAUGACCACAAGAUGACAGAGAUGAACGGAGGAAUGGAGGAGGAAUUCACCAUGGCACGGCUCUUCAUCAGUAAGAUGAAGUCAGAAGUGAAGUCUCUGGUCAACCGCAGUAAACAGCUUGAGAGCACACAGACCGACACAGUGCGCAAAAUGCAGGCCAACGAGAAGGAGCUCGCUUCCUGCCAGCUCCUGAUCUCUCAGCAUCAGGCAAAGAUCAAAUCCCUCACAGACUACAUGCAGAACAUGGAACAGAAGAAGAGACAGCUGGAGGAAAGCCACGACUCACUAUCGGAGGAGCUCGCUAAACUCCACGCACAGGAAACGAUGCAUGAGGUUUCAGUCCUGGAUAAGGAAAAGGAACACAUGAGCAGGAUGCAGGACGCUGAGGAGAUGAAGCAAGCCCUAGAACAGCAGAUGGAAAGCCACAGAGAGGCUCAUCAGAAGCAGCUCUCGCGUCUGCGAGAUGAAAUUGAAGAGAAACAGAGGUUCUUGGAUGAGUUUAAGGAUGUGAACCAGGCUCUUCAACUUGAAAAGAAGCAGCUCCUGUCUGACUAUGAAAAGCUCAAACAGGAGGAACUGAAGAAGGACGAGAGACUGCAGAAGCUUGUCGUGCUGAAUGAGAAGAGAGAGCAAGUCAAAGAAGACCUCAAAGGUCUGGAAGAGACUGUGGUCAAAGAGCUCCAGACUCUCCAAAACCUGCGUAAGCUGUUUAUCCAGGACAUCAAUAGUCGCAUUGGACGAAGUAUGGAGUUGGACGCUGAUGAAUCUGGGGGAAGUCUGGCACAAAAACAAAAAAUAAUUUUCCUGGAGAACAACCUGGAACAGCUCACUAAAGUCCACAAGCAGCUGGUACGUGAUAAUGCAGACUUAAGAUGUGAGCUGCCCAAACUGGAGAAACGCCUCCGUGCAACUGCUGAGCGUGUGAAGAUCCUGGAGUCUGCUCUGAGAGAGGCCAAAGAAAGUGCCAUGAGAGACCGUAAGAAGUACCAGCAGGAGGUGGACCGCAUCAAGGAGGUCAUCCAAGCCAAGAAUCAGGCCAGGAGGAACCACACUGCACAGAUCGCUAAACCUAUUCGUGCUGGACAUCAUCACUCAGUGGCUUCUGCCUCACCGGGCCACAGUGUCAGAGGAGGCGUCCCAAGCCCACGACGACACCACCAACACCAAUCGCAGCACCAGCAGCAGCUGCUGCAGUACCAUCACAGGAACAAGUGAAAAGCACACCACGGGACAAAAAAAGACCAGUUGGAUACCUGUCUGCACAUCUUUUCAUUCCGGCUAUGUGUGGCAACAAGACGUCUUUUUCCAAUGCAGUCUUUUCUAUUUGCUGAGGGGGAAAACAACUACUGUCAUCUUUUACGAAGACUUUUCAAGUUUACUUACUGUCCUUACCAUGACCUCCACGCAUUCAUCCUGUUUAAGUCAACUCCCUUCUUCCCUCCGUUUAUUCAUCAGCCCUGAAUGGAGAUCUGUGGACUCAUCAGUGAAUAAACAAACCCA